UCGCUGUACUUAUGUUAAGGGUUUCCAAGGAAGAUGUACUGUGUGUUUGGUGAAAUGUGAUCAAUGAUGCGUGGAUAUUGGAGUGAAUGACAGAUUGACAAAAACUUCUUCACGUAUCGAAACCGACACUCAUUUGAGUUUUUAAAAUCGCGAAGCGGAUGAAUAAAUCGAAAGUAAACAGUCGAAACCCAAAAUUAAAAAACCCCAUAAGUGUAUUUUUAAACAUAUUGUCAUUUAAGAAGAAAAAAAAACAAACAUGGAAGCGGACGAAGAAGUGCAUUUUGAAGGUGGGUCUGGAGAUCGAAUCACUUUCUUGAGGAAGGUGACAGAAAUAGAAGAUGGCGUGGAGGUGGAGAAGACAUAUCUUUUCUCCUUUAACUUGUCUGGAAACAAAGAUGACGACUUGGCCGACCGUUUGAGCUGUGUCUUUACCAUGGUCCUCCUUGGGGCCUUCGCCGUUUACACAGCUUUCCUACAGUUCAUCAUCCAUAAGUCGCCGAUCGACUGCUGGUGCCCGGCCGAGUUCACGGAUUCUCACGUGGAGUACGUCCAGAACUACUGCUGGAUCUCCUACACAUACUACGUCCCUCCUUCAGAGGGGUUGUCUCAAAACGACGAAGUAAGACGCCGCCAUCUUAUCAAGUAUUACCCAUGGAUCCCCGUGAUAUUGCUUCUAAUGGCACUCAUGUUUAAGCUUCCAAACGUCUUGUGGCGUCUCAUCAGCAACUCGUCUGGUAUCAACUUAGGACAUCUCGCGCGUUUAGCUUCGGACACAAAGGAAAUGACGUGGAAUGAACGUCAGCAAUCUAUCGAACACACAAGUGUCUAUAUUGAACGCUGGCUUCAACUGCACCGCAAAAAGGAGAACGCAUUCAAGAACACCUUAUGUGGAAAAAGAAGUGGAAAUUAUCUACCUGCGAUAUAUAUCUUUAUAAAGUGCCUAUACUGUUUAAAUGUAAUCGGCCAGUUUUUUUUACUCGACGCAGUUCUGGGUCAACAUUUCUAUCUUAAUCUGGGAGUGGAUUUCUUUGGGCGUCGUCGUUCCGAAAUCAACCAGCUGGGGCUAGUGGAAUUUCCGCGCGUCGCUAUGUGUGAUUUUAAGAUCCGACAGUUGUCGAAUGUGCAAUCUUGGACCGUGCAAUGCGUGCUUCCAUUCAACAUGUUCUUCGAAUCAUUUUUCUUCAUCCUUUGGUUCUGGUAUGCUUUCGUUGCCAUGGUGACUUGCGGAAGUUUGGUUUUGUGGUUAUGGCGCGUGUUCUUUCCGAUCAACAAAAUGCUAUUCAUCGAAAAGUUAUUGGAAAUAAAUCCCGAUUUGAGAGAUAAGGAAAUGACAAAAGAAAAGCUACGCAAUAAGGAAAGGUUCUACAAGAAAAAGGAGUUCCGUCGAUUUGUGAAUGAAUAUCUGCGACAGGAAGGCGCAUUUGCGCUGCGCAUCGUGCAGAGGAAUAGCAGUGACGUGUAUGCGUCUGACCUGACCGCAAAGUUAUGGCUACGUUUUAUCAACAACUUCAAUGACAAGUAACUGUUGCUACGUUUAUAAACGGAGCGACUUUUGGCAGCUAUCGACCUUUUUUGUCGUUUCACAGAUCGCAGCACGCUUCUUUUCCUUUUAAUAUUUUAUAACAGCAAAGAGAGUUAGGGGCGGUUAUUACGCAAAUUGUUUACAUGUACAACUGAAUGCCCUUGACUUUUAAAUGACGUCAUCACCACACGUUUUUCAAAAAUCUGUAUUUUAUUAAUUAUUUGAUAAAACGUGGUCUUUGAAACGGCGUCCCAAACCUAUUCCUAAAGACUGUUAGAUUUUAAAGCUUCACUUGCCUUAGUUAUUUACACCAGUAGCAUCAUCUGUAUCCGCCACAAUUGCCAAUAUACGGAAUGAUGUUAACUAACAUAUCAAUUCAUAUCAAGUACAAAGCCUCUUUUUAUCUUAAUUGUCCCAUAUAGAGCAUUCUAUGUGAGAAUGGAAAAAGGAAAUCUUAUUUGAUAAUGUGCGAUUUGCAGUCUGAUUAAAAUCAAACCUUCGCCACACAGCUCCUUUUUAUUUCGAUUGUCGCGUGAAGGUUUGAUUUUUUUUUUCAGUUGGGUCAGUCAUUUUUGCAAAUAAAAAGUUUCUUGUAGCAAGCAAUAACGGAUAUUAUUUCAGCGUUUUGAAAACACGUAUUUUGCGGUGGGUGUAUUUGCGAUGUAAAAAUUACCCCGAAAGAGCGAAAAUUAGAUCAUCGCGAAAGUUACCGGAUAUACGGUAUUUAGAACUUAACAUGUUUAAUUUUAAAAUUGUUCUAUUAAUUUAUGCUUUAAGUAUUCUAUAUGUAAGACCCAUACUUUUGACAGUCUGUAAUCAACUGAUUGAAAUCACCACCACCAGUGUAGUCUGUGAUGUAUAUAUACAAUUCUGAAAGUCCUUACAAUUUACAGGUUACAAUUAGAACGAUAAACGAUUGCUUAUCUGUGCUUUGUAUGAUUUUCUUUGAGUUUGCAAUUUGUGCUAUAAUAUACAUUAAAAAUAUAUUUAUACAAUUAGUGAUAAUAAUUAGACUUCAUACGCUUCAUCUAAUGAGAUCUGCUAUGCUAAGUCUUCCAUUAAGGUGCUCUAUUUUGAUAUAUAAAUUAUAUCUUGUUUUUAUAAAGUCAUAUAUAUUUAUGUUUUUUUGCAUUGUAUGCACACUAGUUCUUGCCUGUUUCUUCGAUCAAUACUAUCUUCACCUGAUUUAUUUAUUUACACACAUAAUGUUUUUUGUUCAUACGCUGUAAUCUUUUUGUAUAAUGUGCUAUUUUGCAAUUCUGUGGAAUCAUCAUUGUUCGUGGGGUACCACUGUUCAUGGCUUCAUGGGUAACUCUUGCCUACGAAUUUACAUCCCCACAAAUGUAUAUGCAAAAAUAUGUUUAAUAUUUAUUUACGAAAUAGAACUCGCUACCAACGAAAUUACUUUACCACAAACCAGGAAAAUUUUGGCUACCCACGAACAUUGACCCCCACGAAUAGAAAUAAUUCCACAGGAUUUGCUGUCGUUUUAGAUAGUGUUCUGCUUUUUACCUAAUGGUCUUGGAUCAUAUGACUGCUUAUUUCUGAUGGUCUGAGCAUUCUUUCUUCUCCCGAUGUUUGGUUCAAACGCUGUCUCAACGUGGUGCUCUGUAUGUUCUUGGUUUACUGUUUUCCCGAUGAGUCUGUUUUCAAGUGACAUGCCAGUGUUGCCUUUUGCAAGGAGCUGUCUUUACAUAGUGUGCACUACUAGUAUUUGCAAAGUGUGACGAUGGGCCGUCUUUUGUUUGCUGUGUUUUUCAUUGAUGUGCUGGUUACACGGGUGUGCUUGCGAUCUGAUUAAAAUUAGAUUUUGCAUCCGCUCCCCGGUUACGACAUCGAUCCCCACAGCGACAUAUCAAAUACAGGAGCCUGAAGGGUCUAAUUUUGAUUCGAUUGCUAUGCUGUGUUGUUCACAUGGUUUUAAAUUUUUUGGCAUGCCGUCUUUUAUGUCGUCUUUUUUGUUACGUUAUUCAUUUAGUGUUCUUUCUUAAUAUGAUGUGCUAUAUUUCUACUAUUAUUGUGCAGUUUAUCCUAUUCAAAAAUAGCAAAGCGUAAACGUAUUUUUUGUAUAUUCAUGUAUAUAAAGUGACAUAUAGGUCUGAUGGGCCGGGUGUUUAUUCCUUAAGCUAUUGUAUAAUACUAGUAUUAAUACAUGUAUACAUAUGAAACACAUGUCGCUAUAAUAAAUCAUUUACUUACUUACUUACUUACUUACUUACUAUACUGUGUCCUUUCUUUAUACAAUAUGAAUUGAGUCGACCUUCCCAUUGUUUUCUGGUUUUACUCUUGUAGUGUUCUUUCAUCAUACGCUAUGUUGUCUUUUCAUGAGGUUUUUUUUUAUAUAAUGCGAUAUUUUUCCACCAGGUGUGCUAUGUUAAUCCACAUGAUCUUCUUCGUCCAUACGGAUGUGCUAUGUCGUUUAUCAUGUUCCAUGUCUUUGACCGAUGUAUUGGUUUAGUUUUACAUACAUGAUGUGUUGUCUUAAAACAUUUUCCAUGUCUUUGCAAAAUGGCUUUUUUGUUUGUUUUUAUAAUGGAAAGGGGGGGGGGGGGUUGAAUACUUGUUCAUAAAUGAGGCUCUGGGUUGUAUUGCUUUUUGUAUGCUAUUUUGAUGUAUAAUUUGAGUGUUAGCGUUUUAUCAAAUUGAGUUAAAUGAUGUUUUAACAUGCACUCCAACUUUUUUGUCCAUUUAUAUUGAUUGUUAUGAAGUUGAAUGCAUGUAUAUGGAAUAGAAAUUGAUAUCAGUAUUAUUUACUUAAGUGCACGCGCUCAGACAGCCUGUAUUCUUGGUUUACGUACAUAGCAAUAUAUUUUUUUUUCAGACUUUUAAUCACAUUUCAAUUUUUAUAUUUAAUCUAAACUAUAAUUUCAUAUUUACAAAUAUGCAGACCUGCAGCUAAGAUUGAUUGCGAGUACCAGUAUUAGUGUGGUCAAUCACUAUGGGAUACUUCACGGUCCAUAGUCUGAUUUAGCUUAACCAACAAUUGUCUUUGUUAGAACAAACAGACCAGACUCACCUGAUAUGAGACGCAUAGGUGUGUUUGUAAACUUUCAGGCACGCAGAGUAACCUCUAGAAAUCCAGUAAAAUGUCUGUGUUGUAAUUUAUUUUUGAACGAAUUCGGAAGUAAUGAUUUUUAAAUCUUGAUUUAUGUUCCUCAAAUAUUCAUCUAGAUUUGAUAUAUGACAGACAAUUUUGUGCAGUUAAAUGCAUAUAUCAAUACAUUUACCUGUUGUCCCCCAAAAUAAAGGUGCAUGACUUCCGGGUCAUAAGGUACAUCCGAUGAUGUCAUAAUGUAUCUUGCAUUUUUAUCAAAUUUUGUCAAUUAUUUUGAUAAUUGUAAUUGAGGUUUUUUUCUUAUUAUGUCUGAAGAUUAGAAAAAAUUUAAAAAAUAA